GACACACUUAGGUCACACACACACACACACACACACACACACACACACACACACACACACACACACACACACACAAUCUAUAAGGAAUAAACCCUGCAGGACUUCAGCAGAGUGUUCAAUGUAGUGUUUCUCUUUACUAUGCAGCAGCGUAGGAAAGACAAUGAUGAUGGAGACACCAAAAACCUUCAGAGCUAACAACACUCUAACCACACCCACCAGGAUUCAUGUUAUCCAGGUGGACUCUGUGCAGCGUUGGAUGGAAGAUCUGCGUCACAUGACUGAGGUGGAGUGUAUGUGUGUGUUGCAGUCCAAGCCCCUGGGCGUUGACGAGGACACUGCAGGUGAGCUCAUUAUCCCUGGGGUGGGUGUGGCCAGUGAUCAUGUGACAAGGGACAACCUGCAGACUCUCCUGAAGAGGGCCCUGGUUGUCAGUACUGAGCUUGGCAAGAUGUUCCAGCGUUUAGAGAAAGGACGAUGGCAGCGUGUUCAUGGAACGGCAGUCAGAGCUAACUGUCACGUUCGCUCUCUGGUGCAUGAGUGCAGCACUCACAGAUCCACCAACACACACAUGCAGAAGUAUGAGGCCACUCUGCUGGAGAAGUGUAUGGAGCUCACCGUCAUUACUGAGAGGUGUCUCAACACAGAUGAUGAAUAUUUCCUCAAGUCCAUGAAGGAGGCCAUUCAUGAGAUUCUUACAGAUGUCAGUGAUUCAUUCAGCCAAAUGAUUGACAUGGCCUUAGCCAAUGAAAUACAAGUCCUGAUCAGGCAGGUUGAGGAGUCAGAUGAUGUGUUCCUCAUGGAGAAUGCAAUCAGUAACCUGCUGUCACUCACUCAGGACGGACCACAGCUCUGCAGCAUUAUUGCCAAUGAAGGAGCAGUUGUAGCGCUGUUGAAGAUCUGUAGGCAGGACUGUUUCAGCUCUUUAUAUGCUCCUGCACUCAGGACAGUCGCCUCCAUCUGCUGCGUGGAGGAGGGAAUCACCCAACUGGAGAAAGUUGAUGGUGUCCUGUGUCUGGCUGAUAUUCUGACUGAUGAAGGUUGUACUGAAGCAGCUCGAGCUGAAGCGGCUGCAGUCGUGGCUCAGAUCACAUCUCCUCACCACUCCAACACACAUCAUCUCUCCAGCUUCAUAGAGAGCAUGCAGGACAUCGUCUCUGCCCUCAUCAAGCUGUGUGAGACUGCAUCGUGUGGUGAGGUGUUCCUCUUAGCCUCGGCUGCACUGGCAAAUAUCACUUUCUUUGACAGUUUGGCAUGCGAGAUUCUUCUGCAGCUUAAUGCAGUGCACAUCCUCCUCCAGGCCUGCAGAGACCGCCAGCGUGUCGACACCCCGUACUCUAAAGACCAGGUUGUAACAAUUUUGGCCAAUUUGUCAGUGUUGGAACAGACGGCAUCAGAGGUCUUACAGGAGAACGGAUUGGAGCGUCUGCUGCUGCUGCUGGGAGAGAAGCCGUCAUCCCCCAGUCCAUCAGAGGGAGCUGCAUGUGAGAGAGUUCAGCAGAAAGCUGCAGUGACUCUCGCACGUUUAAGCCGAGAUCCACACAUCGCUCAGGCUGCCAUUCAACUGCAAGCUGUGCCGCAUCUCAUCAAGCUGUGCCGAUCUCCAGCUGAGAGAAACAGCAGUGACUCGGUUUUGGUGGCCUGUCUAGCUGCUCUAAGGAGAUUGGCUGCUGAAUGUUCUGAAAGUAUCGACCCAGUGGAUCAUCAGCAGCUCAUUAAACCACGACUUGUUGACUCAUUUCUUCUGUGUUCAAACAUGGAGGAGAGUUUUGUCUGAAGCUGCAUUUACCUUGCAAUCUCUCACACACACACACACACACACACACACGCACACACGCACACACGCACACACGCACACACUACUGGACCAGGUUGAGCUGUUAGCUAAUGUUGUAGGACCGUACAAAAAGUAAUUUUAUUCUUUUAGCUUUUUUUUUUAUAAUUUUUUUUUUACUUUAUUAUAUUGAGCUAACGUGCUAAUGCUAACAGAACUGCAUUAUAAGCAGUGUUCAGAACACGAUCUACCGAACUACAGAACAAGAACCAACAGAACAAUUAUAACUGAAGAAACGUCUCCAGGUUACUUAUGUAACCAUGGUUUCCAAGGGAACGAGAUGCUGUGUUGGAACCCUUUGGGAACGCCUCUGUGUUGUCCACACCCUUAAUCACGUGUAUAAUCAGUCCAAAUAAAAAGUGUGGCGUCACCGGCGGGGUCACGUCACGACCAGGAAGCUUAUAAGCACAUGGAGUGAAACCAGCGGCAGCUUCUGAAAGGAGAAGGAAGCGCUGCAGGAAAGCAGGCAGUGUGGCAUCGAAAUGCAGCAUCUCAUUCCCUCUGUGAACCAUGGUUACAUACAUAACUUGAAGACGUUUUCCUUCAGGAACUCGAGCUGCGUCGCCUGCAUUACCAGUCCCUGUCUAGUGUGGAUGUUCACAACUAGGGUGAAGAACAGAGGGGCCAGGAGUGGCACUGAGGUCGAGCUGUUGAACCUGACAAAGGUUAGCAGGACGCCCCAGCCCGCAGCGUUGCAGAUGUCCUGGAGGUAAACUUGAGAGGACAAGCCCUUAAAAGCCACCACACUUCGGAUGCAGUGCGCUCUGACCCCGAAGGAAGCGGGGAGACCAGAGGACUCAUAAGAGGUGGAAAUCGCAUCCACAAUCCAUCUUGGAAGGCCAUAGCAGACGAACAGCUGCUCCUACUUCCUCCACAUUUCUAAUCUGUGGAUGUAUAUUCCAGAAAGGAAGGGGCCACAGAAAGGGCCUAAAGAUCUCCUGCUCCCUUUAGAGAGGAGAUGGCUAACAGGAACACAGUCUUAACUGUGAGGAACCUCACAGGUACCUUGGUCAGAGGUUUAAAGGGAGGCUGCGACAGGGCAUCCAGCACAAUGGCCAAGUCCCAGGCAGGCACUCUAGGUCGCACUGGAGGUCUCAAACUCCGGGUGCUGUGGAGGAAGCGUGUCACAAAUGGGUUCUUACCCAGCGACUGCCCUGCGAGGGGGGCAUGACAGGCUGCAAUGGCAGACAUGUUAACCUUCAGGUUGGACAGAGCCAACCCUUUGGUGAACUGUUCUUAAAGAAAUUUCAGCACUAAACUGACUGGGCAUUGAACUGGGUCUAGGCGGUGUUGUUCACAACGUGCAGUGAACAGGCACCACCUCGGUGCGUACGACCUCCUCGUGGAGGGACUGGAUUGAAGAAUGACCUCGUAAGCAAACCUCAGAAACUUCCUGUGAGCUGAAAGGAUGGAUAUGUGAAAGUAUGCAUCCUUUAAAUCUAACCAGUCCCAGACCUGAUUUGUGACACAACCUGCUUCAGGGUCAGCAUCUUAAAACUGAGUCUCAAAAGUGAGCGGUUCAGCUGACACAGGUCCAGUAUAGAAUGCAACCCACCGUCCUUUUUGGGAACUAUGAAGUACCGGUUGUAGAACCUGGUCUCUCUGUUUGAUGAAGGGAGCACCUCGAUAGCCACAUUCUUUAGGAUAGUUCCUUUUACUUCCUGCUCUAUGAUCAGAGCCUGAUGGAAACCCCGUUGACCCAGGGUCGAAUCAUUUAGCCUCUGUCUACAGUGUGCAGGACCCACCGGGACACAACUGCCGCCAGCUGGUUUCUUAAGGGAAUCAGUCUCUCCAAACUGACCUUUGGCAUACCUAGAGCCAGAACAAUGCCCUGGAGCAGCUCUAGGGGCCUCCUGAGAGGCGGUGACCCUACCACGUCCGCUACAGUGCUGGGCAGAGAGUAAGGAGGGUGUUCACUGGAGCUGGCCAUGCCCUAAAGCACCGAGGGUGGCAGGGUUAAUGAUCCAGCUCCCUGAGGCUGCCGGGGCAGGGUGGGCACCGUAUAGUGUGGUGCACAGCACCCUUCCCAGCAGGAUCACCAGAUGGUUUGAUGGUCCUCAGACGCAUCAUCUCGCGUGGCUUCGGCCUCAAGCGUAGCAGCGUGUCUCUUUUGGGGGAGUGUGCGUUGCGACGCCCUCUCUUUGCACCUCGUGAUACUGGGAGGUGUCAGGUUGUGAUCGUGGGGGCUGUGCCCACUGAGCAGCUCUACGAGGGCGACGUGGGAGUAAGGAGAACAGCCCUAUCCCUGUUGAAAGGUCUGGGUGAGCCAAAUAUUCCUCUCUGUGGAGACAAGGGAGGCCCUAGACUGGCCAAUGGUCUUAGCAGUCUCCUUAGUGAGCCUUAGGGCCAGGUAUAUAGCUCACGGACCUGCUUGCUGCCUGGGGCAUCUCCCAUAUUCAGCACCCACAGCAGGUCGGCCUGAUAGGCCUGCAGCACCCGCUGAGGCAUGGACAACUGAGCAUAGACAACGAGAGGCAUUCCCAAAGUGUUCUGAUGCAGCCUGAGUUCCUGAAGCGGAAUUGAUAUGUUUACACAAAAUGAGAUCCAGAAUCAUAAUCAGAACCAGAACGAGCAUAAAUAACAGAAUGGAACUGGACAAUAGGCAGGAGAACCACAGCCACACAAAGGAAAACUAGGACAAGCAUUCUAAAGAAACUUAACACUGUAUUAGACCCCAUGUUCCUGUGUUAGACUCCGUUUUAAUACAUUUUUGUAAAAUUUCUACCUUUCAGAAAGUUUAUAAAGUUAAUAACUCCGAUACAAAUCAACAAUUUACACAAAUUUACACAAAUAAAAUGCUUUUGGAGAAUAAAACACAAUUUUGCCUUUUUAU